AUGUUCGUCGCACCAUUCGCAGAGCUCAAAGCCCGAAUCAAUGGCCUGAUCGUCAAGACUACUUCCAUGUCCUCCUCAUUAUCUGAAACCUCUACAUCCGCCAGAGAUAAUGCUCGUGACAAGCCGUCAACCCAACCGAGAUAUGCCAUCAAGAAACCUUCCAUGCGCCUGUUCCCUAAGACACAGGCUCCACUACCGACGGUCAACAUUAUGACAAAACACAGCCAUACCUUCAACAGCUCAACAGCAACUGGACUGGACAAAUUGGGACAGCUGCAGUUUGUAGAAGUAUUGAAAAACUGGAUCGUUGGUAUGUGGUAUCAUCUAUAUAUCGGAGCUCAGAUCAGAUGA